AUGUCCAAAGUGGCUGGCUUGUCUUGCAAGAAGAGCCGGCGGCUCUUGGAAUCCUUGCGCAAUCAGCAGCGGCACUUCUUGGGUUCUGGGUUUGAGAGUGCCAAUAUCCUCCUCUCGCCCAAAUACCACCUUAGAGACAAGGAUCUGAGAAAGAUCCACAAGGCUGCGCGUGUCGGGGAUGCAAUCAGAGUGCGGAAACUCCUGCUUGGGAAACAUGGUGUGAACGACAGAGACAAGAAGAAGAGGACUGCACUACACAUCGCUUGUGCUUACGGCCACCCGAAAGUGGUAAUGACCCUGAUAGCGGGAAAGUGUGACGUCAACGCCAUUGACAGUGACAGGUGCACUGGUCUGAUGAAGGCUGUGCAAUGUCAGGAAGAGGAAUGCGCCACCCUUCUGCUGGAGUACGGUGCUGACCCAGACAUUGUAGAUGUCCGGGGCAACAGUGCUCUCCACUACGCCGUCUAUUACAAGAAUACAUCACUAGCUGCAAAACUGCUUGACCAUGAAGUGAAUAUUGAAGCAACAAAUAAGAGUGGCUUCACACCAUUUUUACUUGCUGUCAGUGAAAACAAACUGAAGAUAGCAAAGUUUUUAUUAAUGAAGAAUGCUAAUAUGCAUGCAGUUGAUAACCAGAGAAGAACAGCCCUCAUGCAUGCUGUAAGUCACGACUCCGCAAACCUCGUCAGAUUUGUUCUUCAGGAAGGUGUAGACCUCUUUCUGAAAGAUGCCUUUGGACUGACUGCAAUCGAUUACGCUGCUGACUUUAAAUAUCACACCAAUAUGGAAAUCCUUCUUGAAUAUAAAGAAAAGAGAUGUGAGGAAUCCGAAAGAGUCAACCCAGUGGAAGAAGGCUCUGAGGAUGAUUCUCCCAGAAGGAAGAAUCAACAGAGCCAGGAAUUGGAAAACAUGAAAAAGGAAGAAGUGACGGAGCCAGAAACUGAAAGAGAACAAGCAGAGCCAGUGGGAGGAGUGACGUCAGUGGGAGAGCCAAGGAGCCUGGAUGGCAGAGGAGAUGACCAGCCUCAGGAAGGUGUAACAGAGCCAACGACUGGAAAAGAAGAGCAAGAUGUGACAUGCAUGGUAGCCACAGGAAAAGAGGAUGACGACGAAUCAUCUUGGGAUUCUGAGAGUGUCUCUGACAAUCUUCCACUUAUUCGCAUUGGUGUUGACGGACUACUGCAAGUAAAUGGUCAAGCAGUAGAAAAUCCGGAGAUGUAUCUUCAUUGGCUGCCUAACAGAAAGAGGGAAGAUUCUGCCCCCAGUCAAAUGAGAGAAGAUAAGGAUGUGCAGGCAUUGACAUCAGAACCAGGUUUAGCAUUGACUUCAGAGGAACAGCACAAAGUUCUUGCCAGAAAUGAAGAUAACCAGUGUCAGGUUGGAGAAGAAAGGAAGCAGGAAUGGGAUGAAUGGGAAGCAUCAGAGAGCCUGCACGCUGCUGCCCUUGACCAUGAGGAUGCCGGAUCCCCUCGAACGAGAAAGAACAGGAAGGCUGGUGCCCUGCAGUCUGCCAGUACAGACAGCAAAGAGCAGGAUGGUGGUUCUGCCUUGAGCAUAAAAGAAGGAAAGAAAAGAGGACAUGAAAUAUGGUCUUCUGGAGACUUUGUGACUGAACUGACAUCUGAGGAGUCUAAGUCGGUAGCUGGUGAUAUUCUGGCAGUGAAGGAUCCUUGGAGUUUAAAUGACAGGGAUCCAGAUAAAGGAAGGACUGCAGAGAGAAAAUCUGAGGAAAAGCACCAGGUACUAGAAAUGAGUGCUAUGGAAGACACUGACGACCUGACCCAGCCGGCUGAGCUGAGCUCAGAGGACGAGGCAGACCCUUGCUCCAACAGACAGCAAACGGAAACCAAAAGUGAACACUGUGAGCUGCUUACAAGAAAAAAUGGACUCGUGGAAAACAGUGUAUCUGAAGAAGAGGUGACGAAAACAGAGCCAGUGGGAUCAAGAGUUGCAUUAAAACAAAAAGAGAAGAGAGAAAAUGAAAGAGUGAAGACACAAUUACCAGCAAAAGAUGAGUUUUAUACUGAAGACAUGGAAAAUCAGCAAUGCGACAUGGCUCUGAGAAUCCUGCACAUGAAAGUAAAACAGACUUUGAAGCAGUUGCAAGAGGCACAAGAGCGACGAGGGGAAGUUGCACGGCAUUUUCAGCGGAUGCAGGACCGCUUGCAGAAGCUUCAAGCUGAAUGUUCUGAUGCAGAAGUUACAAUACAAAUGCAAGGAGAGAAAAUUGCAGAGCUUCAGAAGCUACACGAAGGUUUGACUAGAGACAAAGAGGAACAGCUAAAGAGACUCAACAAAACCAUACCAUCUCUAGAGUGCUCUUUGGAUCAAAAGAAGAACAAAACUGAAGCAUUGGAGCAGGAACUCACUGAAAUAAAGAAACACAUGGGAAUAAUGAGAAAUAAAUUGAAUGACCACGAAAAUGGAGAAUUUAGUUGCCAUGGAGAUUUAAAAACUAAAGAAUUUGAAAUGAACAUCUCAGUGAAUGUGUUUAAAAAUGAGAUCCAUGAACUAAAAGAAAAAUGGGGAACUAUAAUGUCCAAAUACCUACCUCUGAAUGUACAAUUUAAAUACAUGGAACAGGAGUUGUUAGCAAUAAAAAUAGCACAAAAGCAAUAUGAGAAGCUGCACAAGGAUCAGAAGGCGCUGGAAAGAGAUGCGCUAGACCUGCAGCACCAGCUGCAAGAGAACAGGGCAAAAUUAGAAGAUAAAAAACGGGCAAUGGCAUUAAGAGACAGUAAUAAUGAUUCGGUAAUGAGUCAAAUGGAACUCAGGAUUGAAAAUCUCAAAUCGGAGCUCAAGAAAAUGGAAGCCGAGGAAGAGUCCAACACAAGGAAGAUAGAGCAAUAUAAGCAGUGCUGUGUCAGAGAGCAGGAACUCAGCAAGAUAUUAUCACAUAAGCUUGACAAGACUAAUAGAAAACUAAGCAAAGUCAGAACAGACAUUCUGCUGAUGACAGAGUGGAACAGAAAUGUGCAGAACUCUCAUCUCUCAAAGCCUGCCCAACAAAGUCCAAGCAGAAACUCAAAGCCUCCCAUAUCUGGCCCUCAGCCUUCUCCUGAGCCUAUCCAGAAGAGUUUGUUCAAAAAGCAGCAAAAAAUGGUAAAAGACAUAACUGAAGAGGUAGAUAAAGCUGCAGCUGAACUUGAGUCUUGGACCUUGAAAGCUUAUCCUUCAAGAUCUAAAUAACAAGUCAAGAUCUACUUUAGGGGGAUAACAAAAAUAUGUCGAGAGUGAAAAUAAAUGCUUUUCUGAAAGAAGACA